UGAAACUUGUCAGUUAAUGUUUGAGGACUAACUGAAUGUAUAUAUUCCUCUCUCUAAUAUUUCUAAACAAGAAUUGAGCACUAAUUUAGCGUUGCCAAAAAUAAACGUGCGCCCAAAUCACUUCACCACAAAACACUCCAUUUCUUGAGUAAUUAAGCUCGAUUUCGAGAGGAAAAUUGGGCGUUGAAUUGCUGAGAUUUGUUUGACAUGUCGACGAAUCAGAACCCAAGCCCGAACAGCAAUGCGGCUCCAAUCGAGAUCGGGCCGGACGGCCUGGCCCGAGAAUCUCCAGUCAUAGCUUACACCGAGAAGAUCAUUGAGGAAGAGCAGCUUCAGUUGAGGAAGUAUAUUGAAGAAAACUAUUCUAAGAUUCGUGAUGUCGAACGAGAACUUGCCAACCUCUCGAUGGAAAUGAAGCUUACAGCUGGUCCAAAGAAAGCUGCACUUGAACACCUAAGGAAGAAAAUAGAAAUGUCAACAGAGAGAAUUCGAUUGGCUAAGAUGAAAGAAGAACAAGCUAAAAAGGCCUGGGAAGCAGCAGCAAAAGACGUGCAGGAUGAGGAAGCAAGCAAACAGAAGCUUUGUGACGAUCUAAAUAAUUUGGUCCAGGAAAGUAGCAACAGCCAACUUGCUCGACUGGAGGAACUGAAGCGCCGAAUGGAGUCUCUGAACCCGAGCAGAUCUUCCAAUACACAUACGCCCUCAGCGGGAAAUCAAAGACUGCCACAUAGUAGUACAGUUGAAGUUUCGUCUGCCGGGGAACCACCCUCUGGAGCUACGGGAACCAUAUCUACUGAAGUUAAAGCAGAGAACUCCGCGGUAACUGAGCAAAACCAGCAGCCUUCUAGCGACAGCGAGGGAAGACGGAAGAAGAGAAUUUCAAAUAAAGGAAGAGGAAGUGGAUUAGGAGCAGUACCUAAGGGCCGGAAGCAUGCAGCACCUGAUUGGACAGGAGCUGGUUUUGACGUUGAUGGCAGAGGUUGAGUGAAUACACGAUCCUUACCGGCUCCCGGCCACUUUCUAAAAUUCAUUUCUUAUUUAUUAUUGGACAAAUUCUAGUCUGUUACCAUGACAAAAAAAAAAAAAAAAAAAAAAAAAAAAAAAAAAAAAAAAAAAAAAAAAAAAAAAAAAAACCUUGUCCAUAUUUAUAAAUUCUUCUUGAACUGAUGUGUAUGAGCUCUCAACCAUGGUGGCCUUGUAUACAGAUGUUUAAUGUAAAUUUGCAUUUGUUUGAUGAAAAGGUUUUCAUAAUUGUGAUUA